AUGCCCGACCGCCACCACAAAUCCGAGAACUGGUGGCUGAGAUCCAGGCGGAUGUUCAAGAUGCUGCACCAGGUUCGUUUCCAUAUGACUCAUGAUCUUCCCUCUAGUCAUGCCAAUAUCACUGAUACCAAAUGCUUAGCCAUCUGGGUGACACCGCCGGAUUUCCUGCACAUGACUGUGAUGGAGAUGGCUAGUUGUCGGACAGAAGCGGAUAUUGAGGCGUUUCUCACUCAUUUACAAGAAAGUGGCACGGUACCAGACCUGGUAGAUUACACAUUCCAUCAUCGGACGCGGUUGGUUAAGCCCAUUCUCAGCUAUGAUGCGACUGCCAUGGCCUUGAGCUUCGUUCCUGCGGCUGGGGAGGAAACCGCCGUUGGAAACCAGACAUACUGCAAUGAAGGGGAUAGGUAUACCUAUCACCAUUUGCGACGUGAUCUUUUUGAUCGCCUGACUGCAACUGGUUUGUUGAUGAAACCGAGGUACAUUGUUCCCUCGGCACAUAUUACCAUUGCGCGGUUUACUACACACGAUGGAUUUAUGGUAGAAGGCUCAGGGCCAGAUGCAGUCCCAGUUGUAGAUCAGGAGCGAGUCGCUGCGCUGGUCGAGAGGAUCGAAAAGAUUAAUGAAAAACUCCGGCAGAAAUAUUGGCCGCAGGAGAAUGGGGCCAUGACUGCGAAAGGAGAGUGGAUUGUUGGACAAGGAAAAGGGCUAGAGCUUUGUAAGGGUAGAUCAUUUUACGGUGGAGGAGAGAAUGUUAUCACAGGGAAAGGGUUCCCAUGA